AUGCGCCCCGCGUUCGGCCACCCCCGCGCGCUGUCGUCGUCGGCCGGCCCCUUCGCGCCGCCGCCCGCCGCCUCCGCCGCCCGGCUGCAGCCGCUCUUCCUGCGGGGGGCCCCCCGCGGCCGGCGGGGCUCGGGCGACAGCGGCACCGGCACCAGCACCAGCACCAGCCGCGGGGGCGGCGGCGGCCGGGGCGGCGGCUCGCCCGGCAGCAGCACGGGCGCCGAGCGCGAGGACGACGACGACAGCAUCAGCAUCAGCCGGCCGCUGGUCCCCGCCGCCCGCGCUCCCGGGGGCGCCCCCGCCUCCGACCCCGCGUCCGCCGCGCUCUCCUCCUCCUCCUCCUCGGGGGCCGCCGCCGCCUCCUGCACGCCCACCUCCUCGGGCAGCAUGACCGCGGGGGACGUGGGCGCGGGCGCGGGGCCCGUCGGGGGCGCCGGGGGCCGCUCGGCGGGGGGCCCGAGCGGGGCCGGGGGCGCCUCGAGCCGCGCGUGCUGCUGCUGCUGCGCGCCGCUGGCCCGGCCGGCGCCCCGGGGCCGCCGCCGCGGCUGCGCCCCGCGCCCGGGCUGCCGCUGGGGGUACCAGGCGCUGUCCGUGGUGCUGCUGCUGGCGCAGGGCGGGCUGCUGGACCUCUACCUCAUCGCCGUCACCGACCUGUACUGGAGCUCCUGGAUCGCCACCGACCUGGUGGUGGUGGUGGGCUGGGCCAUCUUCUUCGCCAAGCACAGCCGGGGCCGUCGGGGCGCGCAGCCCCCGAGCCUGCACCCGCACGCGCACCCGCACCUCCACCACGCCGCGCCCCCGCUGCACCCGCCCGUCUCCGCGGCCUCCGGGGCCGCGGCCGGGGCCAAGACGCGCGGCCGCAGCGGGGGCGCCGCGGGCGGCCCCCCAGCCGCGCCGGCGGGCGAGUUCGCCUUCGCCUACCUGGCCUGGCUGAUCUACUCCAUCGCCUUCACGCCCAAGGUGGUGCUCAUCCUGGGCACCUCCAUCCUGGACCUCAUCGAGCUGCGCGCGCCCUUCGGCACCAUGGGCUUCCGCCUCACGCUGGCGCUGUCGGUGCCGCUGCUCUACAGCCUGGUGCGCGCCAUCAGCGAGGCGGGCGCCUCGGCGGGCACGGCGGGGCCCCUGCUCCUGCAGCCGCAGCAGCACCGCGCCGCCGGCUGCUUCCUGGGCACCUGCCUGGACCUGCUCGACAGCUUCACGCUGGUGGAGCUCAUGCUCGACGGCCGCGUGCCGCUGCCCGCCCACCUGCGCUACCUGCUCAUCGCCGUCUACUUCCUCACCCUGGCCUCGCCGGUGCUCUGGCUCUACGAGCUCAACGCCUCGCCGUCGUGGCGCCCGGCCGCCGCCUCCGUGCCGGGCCACUGCCACCGCCUGCUGCGCCUGCUGGGCGGCUGUCUGGUGGACGUGCCCUUGCUGGCCUUGCGCGGCCUGCUGCUGGUGAGCUACCAGCAGCCGCUCUCCAUUUUCAUGCUCAAGAACCUCUUCUUUCUCGGAUGCCGGGGGCUGGAGGCCCUGGAGGGCUGUUGGUACCCGGGGAGCCGGACUUGGCCCAACCCGGCCAGAGGCGGGUAUGGAGUUCCACCUUCUGCGCCCCCGCCGCCGCCGCCGCCGCCACCUCCACUGCCUCCAGGAGGCUCCCAGCUGGGCCACUGCAUCGCAGAGAACGAGGGCAGGGCCCAUGGCUAUGUCAACACCCUGGCAGUGGCCCCCCAAAACUGAGUAGGAUAAGGGAGACGAGACGGUCUCAGUUUGGUGAUGAGCUCGCACGGCUCUCUUGUCCUCCAAGAGAGGGUUUGCCACCAGAUCUGCCCAGUUUCUGUUUGGAAGAGGUGACUGCUCACCAGGCCGAGGGGCCAGGCAUCCUUUCAGCAUCUCUUCCUGGGACUGCCAAAUGCAGGAGCAGCGAGUAAUGAUGAAGGAGGAAGGUCUACUUGUUCUCUC